AUAUGUAGCAGUAAGUUAAAGAUAGAUAUCUUGAAUUCAAUUUUCUUACAAAAUGAUCUUACAAAAGAAUUUAGUUCUUUACCUCAAUCUAUUACACGCUAUGAUAGAUAAGGGCAUUAUUAAAAUAUCUUUCACAUCAAUGGAAACUGCAGAUUCAUAUUAGUCUAUCCUAGUAUCCUUUUCAAUAUGCGCGUCACAAAAACUAAAUAUAAAAUACAUAUAUAUAUUCUGAUGAUAAUACCAUAGUUGAUCUAAAACAAGUUCAACACAGUGACAUGAGGAUAUUAUAAUUUUGUUAAUCAGUAUAAUUUCGAUACGACUUAUAGACAUAUGUAUUUAGAAUGGUUUUUUUCAACGAAUAAGACGUCGUUUUGGUGGUAAUAAUUCAAAUAAACAAAAAAUUACAUCAAGUGUAUCGAAACCUGAUGAAGACAAAAUGGGUAAUUUUGAAAAAAUUCAUAUUUUAUGGUCAGCACCAAUAACGAAAUUUUAUACCAAUUUUGUUGCUUAUCUUGCAUUUUUACUUUUUUUUACAUUGGCUGUGAUGUGGCCAUCAUGUGGACAUGUAUUACUUGAUUGUGUUGUUUGGUUUUGGGCAGCAUCGAUUGCUUUUGAAAAUACACGUGUUGCUUAUGAAAGAUCUUGUUCUCAAAGUAAUUUACCUUUGCAACAAGCAGUAUUUGAAGUUAUUCUACAAACUGUAUUCCUAGCACUUUAUCUUGGUGUUAGAAUUAUUGGUUUAUGGACUUUUGGAACUUGUCACAUUUUAGCAGCAAAAGCAAUCUUAGGUGUCGGAUUAAUUUAUUAUUAUUAUCGAAUGUUAUUCAUAUUUUUACCGAUAAGUCCAACGCUUGGUCCGAUGAUGAUUCGACUUCAACGUAUGGUAAUGGACGAUUUCGUUACAUUUUUACAAUUAUUUAUGAUAUUUAUGAUAUCAUCAGCUGUCGCAAUAUCAGGUGUACUUUAUCCACAUCAUCCACUUAAUCUAGAUUUUUUUACAAGAACUUUUAUAUUUCGUGGUUUAAUGGCAUUAUUUACUAGUGAAAUGGCUGAUUUCAAAAAGCAACCAUAUCCAUGUUCACUAAAUGCAACAAGUCCAAGAGAAAAAGAAUAUGCUUGUCUACGAUUAUCUCAUGGCCUUUCAUUUAGUUAUGAUAAUAUGCAUACAUAUCAUCGAUAUGGAAUACCAUUACCAACAUGCAAUCGACCAUCAUGGAUAGCAUGGUUUUUACUUAUACAAUAUUUCUUUUUGGCUAAACUUUUUCUUACAAGACUUUUAACAGCUAUGUUUGGUUUAACUGGAGCAAGAGUACAAAGUCAAUCUGAACAAAUCUGGAUGUAUAAUCGAUAUGAAAUUGUUAUGGAAUAUGCUAAACGACCACGUUUACCACCACCUUUUGUUGUUCUUUCUUAUAUUAUUAUGUUAAUAAACAGUUGUAGUCGUCGUUGUAUUCUAAAAGCUAAAGAAUAUUCUGAUAGCAGAAGUUCUGCUACAUGCCAAAGUCGUAGACAAUCAUCAGCAACAGAAACAGAUAAUCAUGGUGAUAAUAAAGAUGGUUCCAAGAAACCACCAACUGAAAUAAUCCAAGAUCAUUCAUUACUAGGACGUUGUCUUAGUUGUAAACCAUGUAAAACAGUUACAGACAAUGAAGAAAAGAGAACUAAUAAGAAGAAUCGUAAUACGGAAGAUAGUGAAGCUAAUCUAUAUUGGAAAUAUAAAGCUCAAGAAUAUUAUGCUAAAACACAAGAAGCUGAUAAAGUACAAGAAAAACUUAAUAAUUUAUCAAAUUGUGUAACAAAUAUACAAAAAGAUAUCGAUGGACGACAAAAAGCAUUACGACAAAUAAAUGAUCGUGUUGGAUCAUUAGAUAGAUUAUUGAUUGAUUCACAUAUAUUACUUGAAAAAAUUCGUUCAACAAUUGAACAAGGAGAUAAAUCAUUGCCUGAAGCUGAAAAAUUUGUUCAUAUUUUAUCAAGAGAAUCACCAUAUAUUUAUACCAAUGAAUCACGAUUUCCAGUUACAGAAAGGCAUAUACCUUGGAAGGUUCAAUUUGAUUUAUAUGAUCCAACCGUAAUUUCAUUACCAAAAGAUCAUGUUUGUUUUAAAGCUAGUGAACAACCAUUUAUUGAACCAGAUUUAUUAAAAUCAACUACGAAUGAUGAUUAUACUGUUGAUGAUGAAGAUGAAUCACCAAUGGCUCCUGACGAAACUGCUACGCCAUUAGUUCCUAUAACUCAACCAGAUUUAUUUGAAGCUAUUGAAGCACCAGUGACAACAGUAACAAAUGAUAUUAUUAUUCCAUUCACAGACUUCAAGUGGAAUCAAAUUGAUGAAUUACAGUUGUCCAAUGGAAAAAAGUUUCAGAUCAUCAUUGAUCGAACAACUUGGAUAAUAAGUUCUGAAGAUAAAAUAGCUCCAGCUUAUCAAUUAGAUACUCAAUUAUCAAUACCUUUGAAUCCAAUGGGUCGUACAGGUGUACGUGGUCGUGGUGCCCUAAUUCGAUGGGGACCAAAUAAAUCUAUUAUGGCUGUAAUAACACGAUGGAAAAGACAUCUUGGUGAAAUUGCUAUUAUUGAUGGACAAAGAAUUUUAGAAGCUUUAAUAUUUAAAGAUAAAUUGACCAAUAAUUGGAAAUUACCUGGAGGAAAAAUUUUAGGUAUUGAAUCUCCAUAUGCUGCUACAUGUCGUAGUUUUAAUAAACUUGCUUUUCAAGAUUAUGAUUCUGACUUCAGUUUAACAGUACAAGAAAAGGAUAUGAUUGACUACUUUCGAUCAUUUGCUCGUUUUUCGUUCAGUACUGAUGACUCAACUGAAUUUGAAUCUAAUAUGGUUUAUCGAGGAUAUAUUGAUGAUUUGCGUAAUACAGAUAAUGCUUGGGCAGAAGCAGAAAUAUGGAAUUUUCAUUAUGGUUCAGACAUAUCAUUUCCUAAUUUGCGUACAGAUGGUAUGGCUAUAUGGAAAGAUGUGACGAAUAAUUCUCGAGGUUUUCUUAUUCAAACAUCAAUUUUACGUGAAAUAGCUCGAAUUCAUGAUGCUUAUUUUUGA